UUGAAUAUUAGAUAUGUGUCAACAUCAUAAUGAUGAGAUGAAGAAAGGUUGAUGGAAACAGGUUUUUCUUGGUUUUACGAAGCUUAUUAGAAACCGAAAAGAAGAACCAUGUCCUUGUUGUAUCAGUGACUUUAACAUCCAGUCUUUGACCUUGUAAGGGGAAUCCAGAUGGAUUCUAUAAUGGCUCUAGGAACCAUCUUCAAGAAGGCCACAACUUUACUUGGGAUUGGUUCUGAUCAACUGAAGCCACCCCCUCUGGAUGGAGAAAUCAUCUACUGUAAAAACAAUGUCUGUGUCCACCCGCCGGCAACUCUGGCCAUGGAAAACGAAGAGCACCACCCAGGCUACUUAACCCUGAGGUCACAGAAUGACGAUGAUAAAAAUGGACCAACAUUGAUUCUGACAUGGAUACCCAAUUCUUCCUUAAAAAAGAAUCCUAAAAGCAUCGAGAGCCCAAACAGGUCUUAUGCCACAACACCAAGCCCAAAAAGAACUCCAAGACAAGAGUAUGCCCGAAAACAGGUCACAACUCCCUCCCCAAGCAGUUCUCCAAGGGGGUCAUGUGUAUCUGUGGGCAGUGAUGCAUGUGAACAGUAUUAUAUGGGCAAAGGCCCAGUUAAAAACAAGAAAAAACAGAGCAUUGACAAUUCCAGUAUGAAUUCAGAAAUUUCUAUGGGUUCUAGAGAAGACUGUUUAGACAGUUGGUCUCAGAUGGAGGAACCCAACAGGAAGUUGAGCACAAGUAAUAAAUCUCAAACCGAUUCCGGUAUUGAUACAGAGGAUGUAUUGCAAAAUAAUGAGAAAAAUAUUCCCAAAAAAUGUCAGAAUAUUGGUAGAAAUGUCAAUGACUUGCAUGUUGAGAAAGAUAGUAACACGGAAUUGAAAACUGACAAUAGAAAUGGUGCAGAGGAAGACAUCUCUUCUUCAGACACAACUGAUGGUCUUACUGCUGAAGAAAAAAUGGCAGCCCUGUUAAAGAGGAACAAACUCCAUGCUAAAGCUAGAAAUAGACUGGAGUCUAAUAAAUCAGUAAGCAUCGAAAUGGAUGGUGAUAAUUUGGUUGUAGUUACAGAGGAAAUUGACAAACCACAGUCCAUGAACAUAGACAAAUACAUAACUGACAAGAACCUGAAUAAAAAUGAGAGUAAAUUUGACACCAGCUCUAGUUCACAAUCAACAGAUGCAGAAGGAAUAAGUCUGAGUUCGGAUUCGACACAUCCGAGCCCCUCAGGUGCUCACUAUAACAGAAUGAUUGAUGAUCUGCGAGACAGUUUCUCUGCUCAUGACAAUGGCUCUAGCACCUGUGACAGCUCUGAGACAGUGACAGAGGGGACAGCUAAACCAUCAACAAGGACCAAUGUUCCUAAAGACCUGAACUUGAGCACUAAUGCCAAUGGCGAUGGCUAUUACUCGGUUCCGUCUCUGACGACCCCUGACAUCUCGGUGACGCGAUGUCGACACUCCUCCUCCUCUUCCUCACUGACCUCGGGGCCGGACUCUGAACCUCCAAGUGAGGGGGAGUCCCCUCCCCUGUCCCCCACGUGGAACAAGUCCCCGGACUCCCCCAGCAGUGAAGGAUCAGUCCAGGUGUCACACAACAUGACGUUUCCUCACAGCUCUGUGUCGUACGCCAUGGGGUCACAAGAGAAGAGGAGCGCUAAGGAUCAGAUGUGUGGAGUCUUCUCAGUAGAUCUUGGUCAGAUGAGGUCCCUACGACUGUUUUACUCUGACCCCUACUGCACCAGAGGACAAGUGGUGAUAGCUAGCAGAGAGAGCCAGUACAAAAUCCUACACUUCCAUCACGGAGGUCUAGACAAGCUGGCCGAAAUCUUUGAAGACUGGAACCUGUUUGCCAAGUUGAAAGAUAAGAAGAACAAGGAGAAUGAGGGGCAGUAUAAACAGUUCCUGAUCGUGAGGCCUCACCUUACAGAUGAACAGUGUCAUCCAGAGGAGGGCAUCUACAACAUGGUGAACGAGGAGGAGUGGAAGAUCCACAUGACAAGUGAUGGGAGAAUCGAGGAAGACUAUCAACUCAGGAAGCAUAUCUUCUUUGGGGGACUAGACCCCCACUUGAGACACGAGACCUGGCCCUUCCUCCUACACUACUACCCCUGGGAUUCCACGUUUGAGGAGAGGGAAGCCAUCAGGAAUGACCGAUACAUACAGUACCAGGACAUCAGGAAAAUGAGGGAAGACAUGACACCUGAGGAGAGAGAACAAUUCUGGAGGAAGAUACAGUCAACUGUGGAGAAAGAUGUAGUCAGAACUGACCGCAGUCAUCCAUACUUCAAAGGAGAUGAUAAUCCUAAUAUUGAAGUCCUUCAGAACAUUUUGCUGAAUUAUGCAGUGGCCAAUCCUAGAAUGGGUUACACCCAGGGGAUGUCUGACCUGCUGGCCCCCGUGUUGGCUGAGAUUCAGAAUGAGGUGGACGCCUAUUGGUGUUUUACAGGUCUGAUGCAGGGGACCAUAUUUGUCAGCUCUCCCAAGGACAGUGACAUGGACAAACAACUGAAUUAUCUAAGAGAGUUGCUAAGACUAAUGCAAAAUGAAUUCUACAUGCACCUGCAAAGACUGGGUGAAGACGCGAUGGAAUUGUUAUUUUGCCACAGGUGGAUAUUGCUGUGCUUCAAGAGGGAGUUCCCGGAGACAGAUGCCCUGAAGAUCUGGGAGUCCUGCUGGUCUCACUAUCAGACAGACUAUUUCCACCUCUUUAUAUGCAUGGCCAUCGUCAGUAUUUAUGGUGAUGAUGUCAUAGAUCAGGGUCUCCCCUCAGAUGAAAUUCUUUUGCACUUCAGCAGUCUUGCCAUGCACAUGAAUGGUCAACUUGUUCUCAGAAAGGCUAGAGGACUCCUUCAUCACUAUAGAAAAUUACCCAGAAUUCCUUGCACAUUGCAUGGUUUAUGCUCACUGUGUGGGCCUGGAAUGUGGGAUAGUGGACAUGUGCCAAUUGUGGAGUGUGUGGGCAGUCACAAGGAUGACUUAUGCCCCUAUAACAGCAACCCAGGAUCACCUGUCCACACCAUAAAAUGAUUGUUAAAAAACUAACUGUUCAGUGGCAUUUCACCUGAAUCCCUAAAAGAAAAUUGUGUAUUUAUAUUUAUGGCAAUUCAAUAUAAUUCAUGCAGUUACACAAUACCACAACCAAAUUUUCUUAAAAGGAAGAUAUUACUGGUAAUUCUGAAUCAACGGAUGAUGAAUUGGAUAGAAAUUUUUAAAAAAUGAAGAAAAGCAGAUUCAUAACACAAAGACUUCAUUCUACAUUUUUCAUUGUUCACUUUUUUUGUUAUAUAUAUUGAAAAGUUGCAUUGAAUCUCUGAAAAUCUUUUGCAUCAAGAUGCAUCAAUGUUCAUUGAUUUCUCAGCCUAUGUGCAAUAAUUCAAAUAAUCAUGGUCAUUUUCCUUGUAAAAUUUAUUUUCUUUCUUAGAUGUGUCAUAUUAUUAUAACUCUUUAAUGCAAUUGUUUAUAACAAUUGUUUUUUUGUGAUUUUGGUAUACAAUAGUGCAAUAUACUUGUACCUUUACCAUAUUUUAAUGUAAAUAUCUUCUUGCGGAUACUGUACAUUUGAACUCAUUUGUUUUAAAGUAGCUGUAAGUCUGAAAAUCAUUUUUCGGAGUUUAGGGAUGUGAAAUUAUUGGUGCUUUCAGAUCAAGAAUUGUUCAUUUAAUUGUGGCAUUAUAUUAUACAUGUAGUAAAGUCAUUUCAUGUCAAGUCAUAUAAGUAAUAGAUUCAAUUAUUACACAUCUUCGCUAGCCAAGGGUUUCUGAUACAUUACUCUCCUUAUAAUCCUUUGGCAUACGUUGUUGAUAGAAGUUGGUUUUUUUUCUCAAGUUCUGAUUGGGAUUCGGUAUACCCAGUUGACCAAUCAGCAAUUGUUUUUUGUAAAUGACAUAUUUGCGUUCGGGAUACUUCUUGACUCUUUAAUCUCGGGAAUGCUCCGUAAGAUAACAUGCAAUUCUAUGAAUAGCUAUGGUGUCAUCCAAUAUCUUCUAAGUAUGUGAUUAAAAAUCUAUAUUGAAGUCCAGAUUUGUACAGUAAAUAAUAAAUAAGCAUAACCCAAUUAUUGCUUCUUAAUUGUUCUUUAAAAAAAACUUGGUCUAAUUAUUUUUAAACACGCGUUUUUAUUUCUGUCGAUGACGCAAUCAGUGCAUAAAGGAUUCGAGAUCACGUGAUGAAAACAAUCCCAUCUUUUGACUACGCAGUAUGCCAAGGAUUCAUGAGGAGAGUAGCAUAUCAGAAACCCUUGGCUAGUGAAGAUGAUUAUUACAAUGUAAUACCAUGGUAUUUAACGUAUAGUUUAAGUGUUGAAAUACAAGUUGGAAUACAAUUUACUAUGUUUGAUAUAAGUAGAAUAGCAAGGAAUAGUAGGAUAUGGGGAGGUUUAGUAACAGGAGUCUUCAAGACAAAGAACAUGUUCAUGUAGUAUAGUUUAGUAAACAAUGCUUAAAUGGUUGUUAUAAGAUUUAGUUCUUUUUGAAAGCAUGCAUUUUUUGUUGAAAUCUAGAUUUCUUUAUGUUUUGUUUGUUUUUUCUUUUCUUUGUUUGUACUUUUGUUUUAGUGUAAUUUUUUCCAAAUUUUUUUCCAAAGGUUGAAAUCAUGUAAAAAGCAUAAAUUGUGUAAUUAAAGUAUCUAUAGGAAGGCUGGGUGGAUAAAAAAUUACUUAAAGAUACACCUAAACAUAUGGAAAAGGAUUUUUUUAAAUUGAAUAUUUAAGCAAUUUACUUUAACCUUUUAAAAACAACUUUUUUUUACAAAUACAUGUACUUGUUUUGCAAAUAUUAAAAAAAAACAACACACAGGCUCUCAUAAUCUGAAAUCAAUCAUUUAUUUGAAUAAAUGUAUUUGGAAAAGCUAUUUCAACUGAAAUUAUGCAUUUUCUCAUACCAAAAUACAGACACAAUGCGUUAGCA